GAGUUGUCUUUGUCAAAAGUGUUCUUAAAUGGCCACGAUGAAGAAGGUCUCCUUUUCGCGACGGCGCGGAAAGUCUUGGAAAUGUACGGUGUUGUUGGACAUUCACUCAGUAAGUGCACCAUUACUACGCAAAAAUAAGCCGUUUUGUUAUGUAGCAAGUUUAACAUUCAGGCAAAUCUCACUCCGGGGAUUUACGUCAAGUUCUUGUAGCGAGUGAAAUGCAUUUUAGCAUCAUACUUAUACCACAUGCAAAUGACAAACUUUAAAACGGAAGAUAAUUAUAUUUUCAUAAGAAAAAUGCAGGCAUUUCAGUGUCCGCCCCACUUCCUGUUUCAGAGAUUUGCGCAUGCGCUGUACUUGCGUGCCUGUGUGCACUUGCCAAAAUAGCAUUAAGCUACUCCCAAUACUUAAACUUGCUAUAAAUUAUGUAACAUAACGUGUUGAAUUAUAAUUGAAUUAAAAAUAUUUUUAAGAGAUGUGGCUGCAAUUCUACAUCCCAUAAUUUCCUCACAUGUAGGGAAACCUGAAUUAAUGGUUCUCAUAGAAAAAAAUCGUUUUGGUGGAAUCUUCACUUUAAACUACAGAUGCAGCUGUAUGUCAUCUAUCAUAGGUCACGUGUCAGGGCGUGGACCUCCCCAAGACAGGCGAUAUCUUCUUAAGUGUUUGUAUUAUGGGUCAGUGUAGGAAGACUUCCUGUUUUCCGCCACGCUUCCCAUUACACUUCAACCAGCGUCUGGUUUUUGAAAAGACUUACACCGAUGUUGUUGACCCCUCUGCAGUCGCUGACCUGCUAAAAGCUGACACAACAUCUUUUCAGCUGAUUCAGUCGGUGUCUCCAGAGAAUAAGACGCUAGCCACCAUGGAGCAAAACAGCCGAGACUUCCUGAACCCUGGGCCUUGUCUGAGUGCCGCUGAAGACUCCAUUUUGAGAGAUGUCUCGAUGAUGGAAACGUCCUCCAAGUUAUAUGGUGCAUUUCCCGCGGUGGCGUUUUCAGUGACAUCAUUCAUCGAGGAGAGUGAUUGGAUAGAUGGCUCACCUGUCAAAGAAUCACCGGGUGACAGGAAGACGAACUCUGUCCAGCUCAAAGAGAUGAGCAGCUUCUCUUGUGCCGGGCCAAUGUCGACUUCGCCUGGAAAGUUUUCAAAAGACAAAGGACAAAAUGCAUCCAGACGGUCGCCGUCCCCGACCCAGGACCGCCACAUAUCCUACAUGGCAAAAAGAAGGCCGCAAAAAUGCGGAGUUCGACUUGAACCAGGCUACCAGCAGCCGACUGUUUCAUCCACCUCUCGGGCGCUAUCGCCUUACACCCACCGAAAAAUGUGCCAGCUCUCCCUAGACUCUGAGCAGAGACUCCAACACCUUCAGCUUGGACCGCACUACUUCAAGAAGGAGACAGAAAGUAUCCCUCCGUUUUUGGUUCCCACAUGUAGUCGUCUGACUGAUAACCCUUCUUUUUUGCCGGAGUAUUACAUGCACUUCUCCCACACGGACGGGCUCUUCAGUGGUGACUAUGGAUUUCACCUUGACAGUUACCGACCCAGAGCUUUCAGAACGCGGUCAGAUCGUGCGUGGUCGUCUCCUGGGCCAUCAUUCAGACGUGAUGAGCUGACCCCAAAUCCUCCUCGAGCGUCCUCCGCCUCUGCUGCAGUUAAGAGGAGAGGCACUGUGACCUCCAAGCAUUCCUUCAGGGGAAGGCUGCAGACCAGUGAUCCCAGUCCAUCCUACUGGGAGCAGAUCCACAGCAGAGUACAGAAAAUUCUUCUGACACACAGAGUCCCCUUGGACAUGGACUGACCUGAGCUGACCUUAAACUCAUCAGUGUUCAUAGAACACACAGACACACAUUGUUGUGGUGAGUCGCACUCAAGUCUGUGACAAGUCCACUUUUAUUUUUGUACCCCCAAUCCAAAUGUCAAAGAUAUAUACUGUAUUUUAAAUACAAAAUUGUAACAUGAACUCUACACUUUCACAUUAGACAUUAACUAGUGCAAAGUUCAUAAUGAAAAUCAAAUACAUAAUUGCUGUUUACCACGGAAAUAUUCAGUUUUAUAUCCCAUCAAGCGCAUAAAUGUAAAUGGUAAUCAUAAAAAUCAUUUAAAGUGAUGGUAUUACAAUAUCAAUAUACAAAGCUAGUACAACUUCUGAUAUGGAAACAACUUGAUGUCAGUUCCUGAACAGACACAUUAACAUUGUUCUUAGAAAUAUGAAAUUGCUAUGAAAAAAGAUAGCUGUGAUAUUUUUCUUGCUUUCAUGUAGCAUUAGUUGACCUCAAUUGGUUAGACACCUUUUCAAUUAAAAAACACGCAAAGAACACAAAUAUCCAAGAUUCGAAAAUUAUUUACUUGAUUAAAUGUCAUGUACAUUUAAAUUACUGUAUACACAAAAAGAUUUUCAGUAAGUCUGAAGGUCGGUUUGUCUUUUAUUCAUGUAUUUAAAAUUUAACACUUUCACAAGACUUCUUGUUUCCAUGUAUAGGGAACCAAAUGCUCACUCAUAUGAAGGAGUAUUUCAACCCCGUAUAUAAUGUAUAAAACCAUUGGUCAACUUAAAGAGUGGACGAAAAAAAAAAAUUGUGUGUUUACAGGAAAAAGUUUUCUAUACGUAAUAUUAAAAAAAUCCUUGGUGACAAAACAUUGCUGCUUAAUCACAAAGUGUUUAAUAUUCCUUUACAUAUAUAUAUAUAUAUUGCAUCCCAUUUUCUAUAUUUUUCUUUGUGUACAGGUCCAUCCUUGCACAAACCCAUGGUUCACUUUCAUUCUCACUUUGAGACUUUCCCAGAUUUCUUGUGAAAUUUAUUCGUCUUGUAUUUGUGCUUGCCGGAGGCCUGAGCUGCUUUCUCAGCCACAAUGCUGUGGUACUUCUUCUUGUUGUUGCUGAAAACAUAUCGGUUAUAACAAUUUAUUAAUAUAUUUUUUUAAUUUAGCCAAUGAAGUUAAACUGCAACAGCUAGAAUGUACUCUAAUGCAUUUCUUUAGCCUUUUCAUGCAUGUUUUCCUUUUUUCCUUAUAGGCAACUCAUUUAACUCAUUGGCUACCAUUUAAGGGACUAGAUGUUCAAUUCAUUGGGACGGGAGGUGCGAAUGAACAUUUGUUCAUGGUCCAAUGUUUACUGUAUUGCGUGUUAAAAAUGGCAUUUACUAUAAAGCUCCUUAUUUUCUUUCCAUACAAGCACCAAAUGAUGGUGAUAGUGAUCAUUAUCACAUUCUACAUUAUACGAUGAUGUAAAAGCAUGACUGUUUGUACAUUUGUAAAUAGCAUGUAAAAAUAUGAAAACAUCAGGUAAAAGUGAUGAAUAACUAAUGAAUUUGCUGACUUUUCAAAGGGAACCUCGGACUUGAAGACUUGUAGGCUCUAAUAAGCCACAAUUGUUCCUUUUAUUUUAUUUUUUUUUAACUAAAACAUGUUAUUCGAAACAUGAUUGCCACCAUUGAUUUUAAAUUCUAUAAUUUUAAAUACAUAUUUUGACCUACAGAGGGUGCCAUAUUUAAGCGCACAAAGCACGCUGGGGGUGAUGAUGCGGUUGGGCUGGACUGGAAGAAUAGCUGUGCUAGCUAGCAAGCAAAGCUAGUAUGACGACUGGCAUGAUUUUGUCACAUUCUGCUGCUGGUCAGAUUGCUUUGUUACAUAACUGUGGGAUGAGUUUCCAACAUUGUACCUGCAUCCAAUUCCAGCUAAUCAACAGUGUCUUUAAACCGAUCCCUGGCGGCUUGCCAAGAUAUUGACUUGCUGCCAUUUGACAGUUUGUGUUCAAUAAACCCUUUUACGCAAUCCCAAUGUUGUUGUUGUCUGCUUACUGUCUGAAGUGAGCUGCAUUUUCUAAUUCCUUGGUCAAGCCAGCCAUACUUUCUUUUCAGUUGCCUUUCCCUUUCAGGUUUUACCGCAUAGAGACAGACAACGCAUGUGGGUUGCGAUUGCUUUAUUAGGAAAAUCAUGACUCAAACGCCACACGAAAGUAUAGUCCUGUGGGCUACGCGCUUGUCUGUUGCACGGGAAACGCAUGUUUGAAUCCCAUUUUGGACGUUCAUUUAAUUGUUUUUGCUGCUUGUUUUGUGA